GUACACAUUCCAUUCUUCUGUAUCCAUGGUGCCGGAAAACGCCGAUUCUCCCGCUCCGUCGAUGGGGAACUCGGUGAUUCCCCUAAUGAACAAGCUCCAGGACAUCUUCGCCCGGCUCGACGGCCAGCCGCCGAUUGAGCUGCCGCAGGUAGCCGUCGUUGGGAGCCAGAGCAGCGGCAAAUCCAGCGUCCUGGAAUCUCUCGUCGGCCGCGACUUCCUGCCUAAAGGUUCCGACAUUUGCACUCGCCGCCCUAUCGUGCUUCAGCUCAUCCAGACUAAACGGAAUCCUAACGGCGCCGAUGAGGAGUGGGGACAGUUCCUCCAUCUCCCUGGCUUUAGAUUCUACGAUUUCAGUGAAAUUCGUAGAGAAAUUCAGGCUGAGACUGAGAGGGGAGCAGGAGCAAACAAAGGUGUUUCAGACAAAAAGAUUACCUUAAAAAUAUUCUCCCCAAACGUUCUGGAUAUCACUCUGGUUGAUUUGCCAGGCAUAACAAAGGUGCCUGUCGGGGAUCAGCCUUCUGACAUUGAAGACCAGAUCAGGAAAAUGAUACUGUCAUAUAUUGACAAUCCAAGCUGCUUGAUACUGGCUGUUACGCCGGCUAAUUCUGACUUAGCUAAUUCAGAUGCCAUUCAGAUUUCUAGAAGUGCAGACCCGGAUGGGGAUCGAACCAUUGGUGUGAUUACAAAGUUAGACAUUAUGGACAGAGGCACAAAUGCUCGCAAUUUUUUGCUCGGGAAAGUAAUUCCACUUCGUCUCGGUUAUGUUGGGGUUGUAAAUCGUAGCCAAGAGGAUAUACUGAUGAAUAGAAGUAUAAAGGAUGCACUUGCUGCUGAGGAAGAGUUCUUUCAUAGACGUCCGAUUUAUAGUGAUCUUGCUGAUUGCUGUGGGGCAUCUCAGUUGGGAAAAAAGUUAAAUAAGAUUCUUGCACAACACAUCAAAACACGCCUUCCAGAAUUGAAGUCAUGUAUUAGUGCUGCACUUGCUUCUGUUGUUAAAGAACAAACUAGCUAUGGAUAUGUUGCUGAGGAAAAGGGUGAUAUGAAAAAACAACUCCUCAACAUUCUUUCGAAGUAUUCCAAAGCUUUUUUGUCGAUGAUAGAAGGAAGAAAUGACGAUGUGUUGACAUCAGAGAUCUAUGGUGGAGCAAGAAUCCAUUACAUUUUCCAGAACAUAUUUGUGAAGAGUCUUGAGGUAAUAAGACGCGGCCAAUAGAAACUUUGUAUUUCUUUGAUUUUCAACACAUGCAGCCCUUAUUAAUAAAAGUGUAUGAUAAAUUCCAUGGACAUCACUGUUCGCUAACUAAUUGCGAA